AUGAAGCCCAACUCCAUUCAGUCUGGCUUUGCUGUGGCUUCGUUGUUGUUGUUUGUAGUUUCACAAACUAGCGCCCAGAAAUUUGGCGAUGCCGUUCUGGUGCACGAGUGGAAUCAACUGGAAUUUGCUUGGCCCUCAAAUGCUGAAAAAGAGGCGGCCAUUCAGAAUCAGACCUAUGUGCCUGAGAGAAGCAUGCUGGCUGGAAUUAAGAUUCACAAAGACAACGUAUACGUCACCAUUCCAAGAUGGAGAUGGUUGAAUGGUCAUCCGGUCGUCCUAGCCAAAGUGGUCAACACAACUGGUAAAGCGGUACUUGAGCCAUACCCAAGCUGGGCUGCCCAGAAACAAGGAGACUGCAACGCACUGCAGUACGUUCAGAGCAUGGAGAUUGACCCCAACACGGACCUUAUGUAUGUCAUAGAUACUGGUGUCAUCGGACACCAGUUGAGCCUCUGCCCAGCCAAAGUGGUCAUUUAUGAUCUGAAAACAAACAGUCAAAUCCACAAAUAUGAAUUCCCACAAGAAGUGGUUAACCGUUCAAGUGUUUUCUUGAAUGAUAUAGUUUUAGACUACAUCAACGGAACUGUUAGAUACUUAUAUAUUACAAAUACCUUUGAACAAACCAUUGUUGUUUACGAUUUACAGACACAGUCGUCUUACAAAAAAGCACAUCCUACCAUGGGACUUGAAGGAAAUGGCGCAGAAAACAUCACUAUUAAUGGUGUAACUUACACAUUUCCUAUGGCCAUAAAUGGAAUCGCAAUGUCUCCUGACUUUAAAUACGUGUACUAUAGUUCUUUAGCGGGGUACAACUUACACCAGGUUCCUACGUCAACUCUGAGAAGCAAAACUGCAGGAACAGCCGGCAUUAGGGUCGUUGGGAGAAAGACAUCGCAGACCGAUGGUCUGGCUCAUGGAAAUAAACGGAUUUAUUACGGGGCUAUUGGUCUUAACGCUGUUUACUUCUGGGACAAGGAAAAGGACUUGGUUGAUCAGAAGAUAGGAGAAGACAGGGUCAUGAUGACAACUCAAAAGGAGCUAAAGAGAGAUAACAGGACAAUGGAGUGGCCAGAUACGUUUGCUUUUGACGAACAGGGUUGGAUUUGGGUGAUUACUAGUAGGUUGCAAAUCUACUGGGUUUCGUCUGGGCUUCCAGUAACGGGUGAUCCUUUUAUAAGGGUGUGGAAGAUUUAUGUGAAUGAAACCAGUUACUUAAACCGAGCUAACGAACGAACAGUCGAUGGUAAUAAUGGAGCUAAGACUCUUUCCCCACAUUUGGUCGGGGGCGUGCAUAUCAUAGUCAUUAUUUCAUGUCUUUCCAUAUUUUCUACUGCAUGGUCGCGAAUCUGUUAA